UUUUAUCUAUACGGUGUAGCUCUCAUGAUAGAUUGUCAAACCGUUGAAGAAUUUGAGAAAAUAUUUAGACUAAUCUGUAUUGUUACCGUGAAUGAACGUGAUGAUUCAAUUAUAAAAAUUACUGGACAAACAGUGGCCCAAGCCCGACAUCAGUUGAAAGUACUUAUCGCAACUCGGGAUCUCUCUCAAAUUGUUAAUAAGUUGGAGUCAAAAGAAAUUGACGAAACUAAAAUAAACAAUGACCCAGAUAAAGAAGAAGAUCAGAAAUGGAGCGAGAACUCGAGCGAACCUAGCCCUGUCAAAACAUUUAUCAAUAAUAUUUAUAAAUCAGCAAAAGAUAUCAAAACAUUGGGCAAAGCUGCUAAUGCAUAUUAUGCUGAAGAUUUUAUUAGAGAAUUUUUGGUGAGAGCUUAUGAAUUUCCAUUGUGGACGUCUGCAUGUUUUCCUGAUGAAAGUGAACAUGCAACAACUAGCUACGUUGAGCAAUUUUUUGGAAAUAAAAAAGAAAGAAGCUUAUUGAAAUGGAACAGUUUAGUGCGUGCAGAUGUUUUUUUAAAACAUGAGUAUCAAGAAUAUACUGGAAGUUCUGCUGAAUUACAAUCGAAUUUGAUUACCGAAAAUGAACGUGAGGAUUUGAAUAAUAAAAGAAAACAAGAUGAGAAUGAAUUAAAUACAAUUUUAGAUAACAAUAAGCAGAAAAAAAAUUAUGAUCCCACUGAUAAUUUCAAACAAAAUAACAUUGAUCAAAUACUCAAUAAUGACAAAUUAGUUGAUAAUACUAGUAUUAUUAUAAACGACUCCGAAAAAAACAUUGCAUUCACUUCUACACCUGAAAAAAAUUUUGACAUUAAUUUAAAUAAACAUAUAGAUAGCCUAGAAAAUAGUGAACAUCUAAAAAAUGAUUCUAAUGAUUUAACAAAUAACGAUAGACUUUCUCAAAAUGAUAGUAGUGAUUCUUUUAAAGAUGUUGAAGAAUCGGUGACUGAUUGUAAUUCUAAAUUAAGCAAUACGUCUGGUGGAAUACUUUUGAGUAGUAUAGACUUUGAAGAUGGGACUAACGAAAAGCUACCGUCUACUGGAAUAGAUGAAAAUAAUAGAAAAAUAGUUAAAGACAUUUCUAAACAUGAAGAACAAAUAUUGGAUGAUUCUGAUUUGAUUGCAGUUGAUAAUUGGAGAAAUAAAGGUCGACCAUCUCGUUAUGAUUACCAUUAUUCUUUGAAUAGCAGUGACGAAGAGAUUGAGAGAUCACCUGUAAAAAUAUUUGAAAAAAAAUUAUAUCAUCGCCUAAAAAAUUAGAAUCAUUACCACAAAAAAACGUUCUGAAUAAAUUGUGCAAUGUUAAUGAAAAUAAAACUAAAAUCUUAUCAUCCUCCACACAUAUAAAAUCACACAAUGAAUUGAAAAAUAUAAGAAAAAAAGAAGCAAAUGUAACAGAAAGUAAUCAAGAACAUCUAGGUUUCCACUUCCAGCAGAUACCUGAUAUCUUAGACCAAACGAUAACCUCGGAAAAUACUAGUAAAACUAGUACAUCUGACACUAAAAAGAAAAAAAAGUUGGGAAUUUUACAAAAUGGUAAUAAGCGGAACCCCAUAUCUUUAAAAGGAAUUAAUGUUUUAUUAUUUAAUACUUGUGCAAUUGAUUCGCUUAUACAUGUACUAGCUACAGCUGGAAAAGAUGAUCCGCAGUUUCUAACAUAUAUGAAAGACAAUUCGAACGAAACAAUGAAAUUUAUUUGUGAAUUUAUAGAUAAAGGACCAGUUACAUCAGUAUAUAAAAGUAGAACAGUGUUAUUAUCUCAGUUAUUCAAAGAUAGAAUUGUAGAAAAAAAUAAAGAAUCUGUUUUAUAUGCGAAUGAGAUAGAUAUGUGGUCUAGUAUUUUUGAUAUAUGGACAAGAUGUUUUCCUAAUUCCGCAUGUUUUAAUCACGACUGUAGAAUAUGUGGCUUGCAUAAAGUACCUGUACCAAUGGUACAUGUAAACCAUAAAAUAUUAUGGGAAGGUGGAUAUAGUAAACUUCAAGAGUCGAUAUCUACGUUUGAUUCUAAGAUACGGUGUACAAAAUGCAAAUUAACUAUGAUUAAUCGGUCACUGUUAUUCAAUAGAUGUAUUUGCAUUGAACUAAAUGUGCAAAAAGUAAAAAGUGGGCCACUAACAUGCAAACUAAGAGAUAUGCCCGAAAUUAUUAAAUUAAAUAAUUUUAAUUAUCGGUUGCGAGGAAUAAUAGAAUGUGAGGCAGGUCAUUUUAAAUCAUAUUGUAGAAGAGGCCAGAAUUAUUGGAAUUUAUAUGAUGAUAAAGCAACGACAGUAAAAAAAAUUUUAUCUUCGAAAGACGUAAAACCUGAUGCCGUUAUUUUCACAAGAAUCCUGUAAAAAUUAUCUUUUUUCUGUUAUGAAAGUUUAUUUUUAUUUGAAUAAAAUUAGAAGAUUUCUGA